AUGCUCCGAAGUCUUCUGCUCUGGAAACUCACAAUUGGGACGGAAGGAGAGCCAUCUUUCGUAGGUCCUUUGGGCGGGAUUAGCUUCCCCGGCGUCACUGUCGAUGCCCCUUUAGCAAGAGAGCCGGAUUUAUCCCACACCAGCUGUGAGACCGAACCCACGCGGUGCGACGUCACCGAUGCCGCCGUCGAGGAUCAAUUGAUUGAGUACUUCAUGCAACACGUUGCAUCGUACUACGGGUUUCUCGAUCCCCGAGAGCUACGGCAGAUGGGAAACCUCUGCAACGAGGAAGACAUUCGAUUCUACCGCCAGGCGGCCUCAGACUUGGCCCAGCGUGCCGCUGUCGUGCAGUGCGCGUCUCGCCCACGGGAGCUCACCGUCCUCAGUUUGUCGGUGCUGGCAGGGCGGGAGCUCAAUUUAGGCCAGGAGAACAUGGGGUGGAUGUAUAUCUCGGGGCCCGAGAAAUCCUCCCUCCCCUUCCGCCGCGUGAAUUAUCUGCACAUGUCUUACUAUGACUCGAGCCUUCUGAUUCACCGUCCGUUCCUUCGGCAAGCCGCCGAAGAACAACAAGGACUGCGUAGCCACGAAAGUAUCAGUGCACAAAUGGCCACCCAAACCGUACGAGAUGCCGCCAAGGCUUUCGCUCAGUUGGCUCGCUUGCACCAUCGGCGGAUCGGAGAUUGCAGACAGGCCCCGCCAUUCCUCAUACAGCAUUUGCUCACCGCAGAAAUAAUGUUCCUCUCACAGGCCACCGCGGCUGUGAAGCAGGGGGCGGGACGCAGACCUUGCAACGACCUCAAAGAAUGUUUAGCAGCGUUGGAAGAGAUGCAGGAGAGCUGGCCGCUCAAGGCACACCGGGGCGAUUGA